CAUGUGACCUUUCCACCCCACCCCAUCUUUCUCUCUCAAAUGGGGAAACCAAAGGAACCAAAGCUCAAAUCCUCCAUUAAAGCUCUGUUCAACUUCAUUCCAUCAGGGCCCAAAACCAUUACAUGGGCCUGUAACCAACAGAUCAAAACUCACUCCUUCAGAGAAAUAGACUACACUGGCUUCAAUUCCAUGUACUCCUGUUCUUCUCCUUCUUCAUCUUCCUCAAUCAAUGCAGACCAUUGCAGCCUCAGGGAAGAAACAGAGCAAAUCCUACCCAAUCACAUCUGCUCAAUCCAACCAUCGUCUGCCAGCUCAUCCUCGUCCACUGUCGUGAGAGAAAUUUACCCAGUUGAUAUGGUCCUGAAAGGCUCUAUCAGUUCUAAGAGGUUCUUCUUCUCUCCUUGCACGACGAACUCGAUCAUGGAAGAGGCGAACCUUGUUUUGAAAGCGAAAGAAGAAAUGGGUCUUGCGGAGAACACGUCGGUGGGCGAUCAGUGGCUUGAAACAGAGGAAGGAGGAGAAUGCUUGAUAAAGGAGGUUGGUUUUUGCAAAGAGAUCAUUACGACGCCGAUGACUUCAAUGAAUCCAUACAUGGAUUUCAAGCUUUCCAUGGAAGAGAUGGUACAAGCUCAUGGGCUGAAGGAAUGGUCUUGCUUGCAGGAGCUCUUGAAUUGCUAUCUGCAGCUCAACGAUCGGACGAACCACAAAACCAUCAUCUGGGCCUUUGUGGAUUUGUUAAUGAAUCUCAUUUCUGAAGAAAACAACAGCAAAAGCAAUGGCUGUGAUCAUAACAAGGAGAGAUGUUUUCCCUUCCCUCUCUGCUUAGAUGCAUGAAGAAGGGAAAAAAAAUAAAAAACAGAAGAAAACAGAGCAAAGAAGGUUUUUUUUUUUUUUUUUCUUUUUCUUUUUCUUUUUCCUUCGCUGAGGAAUGUAAUACCUUAAUGGAAAUUAAAUCGGGUAAUUUAUUGUAA